AUGGGCAUCUUUAACAGCAUUAUCUGGAGAGACGAUAAGACGACGAAAAUGAGCCGCCAUGAAUCGCAUCUCGACAUCAUUAUCGUCGGCGCUGGCCUCAGUGGCCUCGCGACCGCCAUUUGUUGCACCAUGUCCGGUCACACCGUCAUAGUUCUCGAACAGGCCAAAGAGCUCGCAGAAGUUGGCGCCGGUCUCCAAAUAACCCCCAACGCCUCCCGACUCUUCUCACACUGGAAGCUCCCCGAAAAGCUAUGGAAAGAUGCUGCAGAGCCAACAUCCUUGACAGUGCAUCGAUAUACGGGCGAAGUCCUCGCACACGAGGCCUCAUUUGAUCGGAACAUCCGCUCCAAGUACUCUGCACCAUUCAUUGAUCUUCAUCGCGUGGACCUGCAACAAGCUCUAUAUGCACGGGCCAAGGAGCUAGGCGUGACCUUUCAUCUUGACGAGAGAGUCGAUUCUAUUAACUUUGACACCACUACAGUAACCACCCUCAAGGGCAAGACCAUCUCAGGUGAUUUAAUCGUCGCUGCGGAUGGGCUCUGGUCUCGGUGUCGAGAAUGCCUUGGCGGGAAGAAAGACGAUCCCAUUCCUACGGGAGAUCUGGCCUACCGAAUUGUCUUAACAGCAGACCAGAUCUCGGACCCAGAUCUGAAAGCCUGGGUUGAGAACCCGACGGUGCAUUUCUGGAUCGGGCCUGGAGCACAUGCAGUGGGCUAUUCUCUACGCGGGGGGAAGAUGUUGAAUAUUGUCCUCCUAGUACCAGAUGACUUGCCCCCAGGCGUCUCACGACAGGCUGGAUCGCAGGAAGAAAUGAUGCGAUUAUUCGUGGGUUGGGAUCCUAUCUUAACCCGCUUCCUAGGCUACGUAAACGGCGUUGACAAAUGGAAGCUGAUGCACCACGCCGAAAUGGAAUCCUGGAUCAACGACAAAUCCAACCUCGUUUUCAUCGGCGACGCCUGCCACCCCAUGCUCCCCUACCUCGCCCAAGGCGCCAACUCCUCCCUCGAAGACGGCGCCGUCCUCGGCAGCCUCCUAGGCCACAUGAAAAAGAAAUCCGACCUCCCUGACAUCCUACGUUUAUACGAGAAACUGCGCAAAUCCAGAGGCGAAGCCAUCGUCCGGGAGACAUUCAAGCAACGGAACGACUUCCACAUGCCCAAUGGCCCAGAACAAGAAAAACGAGACCAGAUUUUCUUGUCCCAGUUAGGGAAGGAACUUAAGGGGGCGUUUCCGAGUCGGUGGACAUGCCCCGAGGUUCAACCGUGGUUAUAUGGAUAUGAUGCAAUUAAGGAGGUGGAGAAUGUGGUGGUGCAGAAUCCAGGGCUGUUUGGUAGUAAGAAGACUUCGCAUCUAUAUUUAAAUGGGGUAGGACUUAAAUCCUGGCUGAUGGGACGGGCUGAAUAG